GUAUCAUUAAGGAGGUUCUUCAGGCUGGUCUUCUACUGCUCACCAGCACAGCUUCGGUUUUUGGCGAACUUCUACUUAUAUUCUGGUAGCUUGGUUACCCUUCUGUAGCCAGGUUUACCACUGAUAAUUAGGAUGCUUUGUCGAUUUUUAGCUUAGCUGACGUGGCAACGCUAGGCUAACCGGUGUAUUCGUUUGCUAAAAAAAAGCGCGAGGACCGAUUUUAACCAUGGCUGAGGAAGGACACUCGGAGCAGGACGAUGUUUCAUUCUUGAGGACGGAUGAUAUGGUCUGCAUGACCUGUGUGGCCCAUUUCUCAAAGGACACACAAGAUGGGGAGAGAGUAUGCCUUGCAGCAGAAGGCUUCGGUAACCGAAUGUGCUUUCUGGAAAACACAUCAAACAAAAAUGUCCCACCAGAUUUGUCUGUCUGUAUAUUCGUCCUUGAGCAAGCUCUCUCGGUGCGGGCGUUACAAGAAAUGGUCUCAACAACUGCCACACAGGAAACGAAAGGUGCCAAGAAGGAGGAGGUGCCAGCUGAGGAGGGGCAGGAAGGGAAACCUGCUGCCGUUGAAACUAUGGCUGCCCAAUCAGGCCACAGAACCCUUCUCUAUGGUCAUGCCGUUCUCCUCAGGCACCUACACAGCAACAUGUAUUUGACGUGUCUGUCCACGAGUUCUUCCAAUGACAAGCUGGCCUUUGAUGUAGGCUUACACGAGACAGCCGAAGGUGAAUCAUGCUGGUGGACCAUCCACCCUGCAUCCAAGCAGAGGUCUGAAGGAGAGAAAGUUCGAGUUGGUGAUGAUUUGAUACUUGUUAGUGUAGCAUCUGAAAGAUAUUUGCACAUUGGAAGUGGCCAUAGUGUUAUAGCAUCCUUCCAGCAGACACUAUGGACUGUCGCCCCGGUCUGUUCUGGAGCAAUCAGACAGAAGUCCAUGGGUAUGGUGUUCGGUAGCGAUGUGGUGAGGCUAUUUCACGGCCACAUGGAUGAGUGUUUGACGAUACCUCAAGCCGGCAGUGAUAAUGAGCACAAUGCUGUGAUGUACGAAACGGGAGCUGUUUGCUCACAUGCUAGAUCACUAUGGAGGAUUGAACAUAACAAGUUGAAAUGGGCUGGUGGUUUCAUGACGUGGGGCUCACAGUGCCGUUUGCGUCAUGUGACGUCCGGCCGAUACCUAGCGGUCGGAUUGGACAACCAGGUCAUAUCUGUCCACAGGUCUAAAGCCGAUGAAGACUCUACACUGUUUUAUCUCAGACAAUCAAAGGAUGACCGCAAACACUCUGACCACCGUGAAGACGAAGGUAUGGGCAGUCCCGACAUCAAGUAUGGUGACUCGAUGGUAUUCAUUCAACACUGUCAGUCGAAUCUGUGGUUAUCCUACCAAACGUACGAGACGAAGAAAAGAGGUGUUGGACGGGUGGAAGAGAAGAAGGCUGUGAUGUUGUCAGAAGGCCACAUGGACGAUGGCUUCACCCUUUCAAGAGCACAGGAAGAAGAAUCAAGAUCCGCAAGGGUUAUUCGUAAAUGCAUCUCACUUUUUAGCCGAUUCAUCAAGGCAUUGAAUGCCUUGAAGGUUGAUGGCACAAAGAGCCCCAUUUGGCAGCGUGUCAGUUUAAGUGAGGUGAACAAGUGUCUGGAGGACCUCAUUGAAUAUUUCGUGCAACCGGCAGAAGACGAAGAACAUGAAGAAAAGCAAGCAAAACUCAAAGCUCUCAGGAACAGACAAGAUCUUUUCCAGGAAGAAGGAAUGAUUGCCCUUGUCCUGGAGACGAUCGACAAAGUCAGCCAGUACAAGAACAAACGCCACUUUGCCCACUAUGCAGGAGAAGACAAUGCUGAUCUCUACGAUGACAUUUCUAGCUACCUUUACUUGCUACUGGCUGCCAUGAUCAAAGGGAACCGUGCGAACUGUUCCCAAUUUGCUCAAUCUGCCCGGCUUGAUUGGCUCGUCAACCGCCUUGAGAGUCAGCAGUCAUCGAAGGGUGUCCUUGAUGUGUUACAUUGUGUGCUGAUUGAUUCCCCAGAAGCCCUGAACAUGAUUAAGGAGAACCACAUCCGAACCAUUAUCUCUCUCAUAGAUAAACAUGGUCGAGACCCAAAGGUGCUUGAAGUUCUGUGUUCCCUCUGUGUUGGUAAUGACGUGGCCGUGCGGACCAACCAGAAUCUCAUCUGUGAUAACCUACUGCCGGGCAGAGACCUGCUUCUUCAAACCAAAGUCGUGGAUGAAGUGACGAGCGUUCGGCCAAAUGUUUUUGUUGGUCUGAAGGAAGGCUCACCAAUCUACAGGCGUUGGUACUAUGAGAUGAUCGUAGAUGAUAUCGAGACAGUGUCACACACUGGAACCAAGCCACAUAUCCGAGUGGGCUGGGCGGACACAGAGGGUUACCAGCCGUACCCUGGUGGUGGAGAACACUGGGGUGGAAACGGUGUCGGUGACGACUUGUAUUCGUAUGGCUUUGAUGGACAGUUUCUAUGGACAGGUGGAGUUGCAAGGAAGGUCCGAGUAAUCAACCAUGGUCUCCAACGUGGAGAUAUCGUUGGUUGCUACCUGGACCUUGGAGCACCGUCAAUGACAUUUGAGGUGAACGGGAUCCGAGUCAAGGGUAUCUUCCGAGACUUCAACCUCAAGGGCAUGUUCUUUCCCAUUGUCAGCUUGUCUUCGAAAGUAUCGUGUCGUUUCAUCCUCGGAGGGGAGCAUGGCCGCCUCAGGUUUGGCCCCCACGAAGGCUUUGCCCCUGUCUGCGAGUCACUCCUUCCCAAAGAGAAGCUGAAGAUUGAACCGUGCUUCCAUGUGGGUGACGUCCAGAGAUGUGUGAUAGCAGGGCCAGGAGAGUCUUUGAAAGACAAUGCAAUCUUUGUCCCAAAUCCAGUGGAUACGUCUCAUAUUCAACUCCCAACGUACAUUGAGUCUGUGAGGGACAAGCUGGCAGAGAACACCCAUGAACUCUGGGCCAUGAGCAAGAUAGAGAAUGGUUGGACAUAUUCUGAUGUGCGUGACGAUGCCAGAAGGAAACACCCUUGCCUGACAACCUUUGAGAGGUUGCCACAGACAGAUCGACAGUUUAACAUCACCGUGGCAUUUGAGAUGCUCAGGACCCUCUUGGCCCUUGGGUACCACAUCAGCAUUGACCAAGCCAAGAAAGAUGCCCGUCUCAAGACUCUCAAACUACCACAGAAUUUUCUACAGACCAACGGAUACAGGCCAACCCCUCUUGACUUAUCAACGGUUCAACUGACUGAGAGGAACGAAGAGCUUGUGGACCUGCUGGCAGAGAAUACUCACAUGGUCUGGGCAAGGGAUAGAAUCAAGCAGGGUUGGACAUAUGGACACUCAGAGGAUGCUGUCAACAAGAGAAGUCCAUUCCUUGUCCCAUACAGCAAGUGUGAUGAGAACAUCAAAAGGGCAAAUAGGGAGACAGCCAGUGAGAGUGUAAAGACAUUAAUAGCAUUUGGCUACAACCUGGAUCCACCAACCAAUGAGUCUGGAGAAAGUGGCAAGGCACAGCAAGUAACUGACAAGAAGAAGUCAAUGCGCUUGUAUCGGGCAGAAUACACCUAUGCUGUGACAUCAGGAAAAUGGUACUACGAGUUUGAAGUGAUCACCCCUGGUGAUGCCAGGAUUGGCUGGGCAAAGAUCACCUCAAAACCAAACCAUGAGCUUGGCUCUGAUGACCAGUCGUACGUUUUUGAUGGAUUCUUGGCUCGCAAGUGGCACCAAGGCUCUGAGCCGUAUGGCAAGAUAUGGCAACGCGGAGACACCAUUGGCUGUAUGCUUGAUCUCACAGACAAGACCGUCAGUUUCUCGCUGAAUGGUGAGCUAAUGAUGGAUCACAUGGGCCAGGAGAUAGCCUUCAAGAAUGUUGAUACAGCAGUUGGUUAUGUGCCAGCUUUCUACCUGGGUUGCCUGCAGCAGGGCAAACUCAACUUCGGGCAGGACGUCAACAGCCUCAAGUAUUUCACGUGCUGUGGCUUACAGGAGGGAUAUGAACCAUUCUGCGUGAACAUGACCCGAAACAUGCCACUCUGGUACGGUAAGGAGCAGGCAAUGUUCAUCCCUGCUGACAGUAGCCACCCGAGGAUUGAGGUCAACAAGUCGGCCGGCGGUGGUACAGCAGCCCCAUGCCUGAGGGUUGUAUCCAAGACGUUUGGAACUCUUGAAAAGAGUCGCUUGGAAUUCCUUCGUCUCAGCUUACCUGUCAAAACUAUGGACAGAGCCUUGGCAAAGGAGAAAUCGGUGACCAUGGACAGCAGAAUGAAUAUGGAGAACCUCCGUCGCGGCCAGAUGGAUAUCACCGAGGAAGGUCACGAACGAGGGUAUAACGAUGCUGCCUAUAGCUCUGCUGAUGUGGAGAGGGGAACCAAAGUCAUUGCUGGUAUGGCUGAUGACACCGAAAGGAAGCGGAAAGUACCCAUUAUACCAAAUCAAACACCAAUUAUGCAGCUGGACGGUGGGCCUCACGGUCGGGAGUCUGCUGGCCAGAACCACCAUGUUUCCUUCUUUGCGGGCCAGUCAGAUUCAUUACGGCGUAUUGUUCAUGAUAACUACAGUAACGAUCACGGUCACGGCUCAGACACGCUCAGAUCAGACUAUUCUUAUAGCAGUAGUGCUUACAUGUCCAAUGCAGAAGAUGACGAGCAUCCCUACACAAGAGGAAUGGUGAAUGGCGAUAUGGCCAGAUCUUCUACAAUGCCAGCUAGAGGAUUCAGCGACGACAUGCAGACAGACAUCAGACGUCAGCAGUUCCGUACCCAACAGGGACAAUCCUAUGACGACUCCAUGGGUGACAGACGAGACAUGAAAGCCGGUCUCCGUGCGUCUGCAAGCGAAACGAUGAUCUUAGACCCCGCGGAAGACUUCCUCGGAGUUCCUAAAACACAGCGGUCGAGUUCCAAAUUCUCCCUUCUGGAAAAAUUCCAUGAUACUUCGAAGGCGAUUGCUGAUAAAGCAAAAGCAGAUGCAGCCAAACAGGCCAAGUCGCCAUUUGCCAAGUUUAAGAAGCAAUUCUCCAAAGAUCCUUCCAUGGGUGAGAGGUCAAAAUCUGAAGAAAAGCCAAAGAAAGAAAAGAAAGGCGCAAAGUUAAGCAAGCAGCAAAAACGGUCCGUUGCAAAUCAAGAUCUGGAUAUCAGAGAGAUGGAGGCACGUCUGGAAGCUCAGGCCAACAUUAUGCCAGUUGAUCCAGAAUUUGGCAUGGAACCUGAAAACAAUGACGGUGCAAUGACGGAACAGGAGACUCGUGAAUUAGAAGCGAUGGCAGACCAGAUCAAUUCAUAUUUUUAUGGGAUACGUAUCUUCCCUGGUCAAGAUCCGGCCAAUAUUCAUGUUGGUUGGGUGACCUCUGGGUUCCACACGUAUUGCGACCAGUUUGAUAUCAAGAAUAUCCGGAACGUCGUCGUCUGCCAGUUGGAUGCGGAGUAUAGGAUCAAACAAAGCGUUGGUCUAAAGAACUGCUACAUGGUGUCUGCGGGCACCCUCCAACAAAGGUAUGGUGGUCAAGACGACUCGGCCACCAAACGCCAGGCAUCGGGUGUUGUUAUUGGCUGUGUUGUGGAUACUGCCAACGGCCAGCUGAGCUUCACGUUCAAUGGGAGGGAAGUGGCCAAUAAGUUCCAUGUUGAUCCUGGCACCAAGCUGUACCCUGCUGUGUUCUGUGAACCAACAAGCAAAGAAAUGUUCCAGUUUGAGCUUGGGAGGAGGAGAAAUGCACUACCCCUGUCUGCCUGCUUGUUCCGAUCGAGUAAGAAGGAUGUUAAUCCCCAGUGUCCACCUCGCCUGGACAUCCAGAUCAUGAAGCAGGCCCAGUGGUCGCGGGUACCGGAUAUGUCUCUGUCUGUCCAUACGCUCAAGAUGUCCGACAUCAGGGGCUGGAGUAUGCUCUGUGAAAAUCCAGUGUCUUUCAUGGCUCUUCACAUCCCAGAAGAAGACAAGUGCCUCGACAUACGAGAACUUAGUGAACAUACAGAACUGCUCAACUUCCACGCCAAGAGUCUGUACCUCUACUGGGCAGUGUGUUCGCAUGGUAAUCACAAGGUGGCGCACACACUCAUUAAACACAUCGACGUGAUCCAGUUCAUGUACUGCAUCACGAAUGAAUGCCUCCCGGGUCCGCUCAGGAUGGGGUACCACAACCUGCUCAUAUGUAUGCACUUGGAGACACAUGCGAAAGAAAUGCUGAGUACCCAGAAUGAAUACAUCAUCCCCAUGGAAAUGGACAAAAAGAACUCAAAGGAGAUGCUGAACAAAGCUCUCCAGGGAGAAGUGUUCAGUGACAACCUUUCCAUCCCAGGCGGUGAUAUCGUCUCGAUCAGGCCUGAGCUAGAGCUGAAAUAUUCUGGUCCAACCUUUGAUGAGGGUAACAAGCGAGCCAUGCACAGCCCAGCCUUCCCCAUUGAUGAUCUCAAAAGAUACAUCAUGAAGAAUCUGAACGAGGCUGUAAAGAAGGGACACUCGCAUAUCAGAGACCCAAUUGGAGGAACAAGCGAAAACCUUUUCGUUCCUAUCCUACGCGUCUGUGACAACCUUCUCGUGAUGGGGGUCCUCGAUGAAUCUGACACACACCAACUCAUGAUGCUCAUUGAUCCAAAGUCCAUUGAUGUUAACUUGGAAACGGAAGAGAAAGGACUCCUGAAUAUGAAAGUUGAUGAACCAGUUAAGCUAGAGUUGUGUCGCAUCAUGCAGCAUCUCUGCGACUGCCAGCUCAGACGAAGAGUUGAGAUUCUCUCCGGCUUCUCAGCAGAUUUUGUCAAGGAUUGCCAGAAUGACCAGAAGAAGAGAUACAAUGAGGUGAAGCAGGCGGAUCUCCCCAUGUCCGUGGCGGCCAAAAAGACAAGGGAAUUCAGAUGUCCUCCCGUAGAGCAGAUGCGGUAUCUGUUACAUUUCAAAGCAGACGCUGAAGACGAGGACUCCGAGUUUUGUUCCUGCACCGAUGAACUCAAGGAAGUUCUCCGGAAAUUCCAUGAUAGUCUUCUCACCUCGGUCUCACUGCCGAAAACAGACGGCGGGGACGAAGAAGAGGGCGAGCAGGUGCCACCGGUCACGUUCGUGGAUAAGAUUAACGCGCUGAUAAAUGGCGCUCCACCACCAGAACCACCUCCGCCAAAGAUCAUAGAUGAUUCAGCUCAUACUGGCCCAGUUCCAUUGUGUCGUCUGAUUAGUAACUGCGUGGUGAAGUGGGGCAAGUCGGACUUCAUUGAGAAUCACGAUCUCGUGAGGGAGAUGUUCAGUCUGCUGCAUCGACAGUACGAUGGACUAGGAGAGCUGAUGCGCGCCCUUGAUAAGACAUAUGUGAUCAGUGCUGUCAGCCACUCUGAUGUGGCAAGUCUCUUGAAAGCAUUAGGAACCAUCCGGUUACUACUUUCAGUACAGGUGGACACGGACGAGGAGGCAUUGCUCAAGACUAAUCUUUGGACCACUAUGGACAAUAAGAUCUUCUUCCAGCAUCCCGACCUGAUGCGAGCACUGUGCGUCCACGAGACGGUAAUGCAACUGAUGGUCAACACGCUCACCAAGGCACAAUCUCAAACUGGAAACGAGGAUGGCACCGAUGAAACAAAGGAUGGCUCCGCAGACAUGGUUGUGACGUGUUGUCGUUUCUUGUGCUAUUUCUGCCGAACUGGUCGCCACAAUCAGCGGGCCAUGUUUGAGCAUCUGGCAUACAUGUUAGAAAACAGUGGAAUGUUGCUGUCUCGUCCAUCACUGCGAGGUUCUUGUCCACUGGACGUCGCCUAUUCCUCGCUAAUGGACAACAAUGAGCUAGCACUGGCACUGCGAGAAUCUAAUCUGGAGCGUAUAACCCAGUACCUAGCCCGAUGUGGUGUCCAGGCGAAUAUUGACCUCAUCAACAAGGGCUAUCCAGAUAUUGGCUGGGAUCCGGUCGAAGGAGAGCGAUUUUUGGACUUCCUGAGGUUCUGUGUCUGGGUAAAUGGUGAGAGCGUUGAAGAAAAUGCCAACUUGGUGGUGCGGCUCCUUAUCCGACGCCCCGAAUGUCUUGGUCCGGCCCUGCGUGGGGAAGGAGGAGGCCUGCUCAAGGCCAUCAAGGACGGCAUCAAGAUGUCCGAGCAGAUCGCAGCAGCCAAGGGGAGCGCAUCUGUCUCCUUCCUAGCAGCUGUCAAUGAUGUGGAUGACUCGGGUGGCCAGUACCUGAAUCAGAGGAAGUAUGAUUUCUCCACACUACCACCCCAGGAUGACGAAGACUACAUCGACAUCGGUGACUCCAUCCUGGGCUUCUACACUGUACUCGUUGACCUGUUAGGCCGCUGUGCACCUGAGUCUGAAGCCAUCAAGAGUGGACGCAGCGAUGCUCUUCGAGCCAGGGCAAUCCUGAGGAGUUUGGUGUCCAUGGAGGACCUGGAGGGCGUCCUUGCACUUCGGUUCAUCUUGCCUACUGCUCAACCGGAGACAGUUUAUGACGAAGAUGGUGAGCCUGAGGUGAAGGACACCGCUGGUAUGCCACCUGGCCUGUUGCCGAUUCACAAGUCUUCUAUCGUCAUGUUCCUGGAACGGGUGUACGGCGUCGACAGCCAGGAGACGUUCUUCAGGCUUCUGGAGGAAGGAUUCUUGCCUGACAUGAGGGCAGCUGUGUCACUGGAUACAGCUGCCGCCUCAGAGAGCGACAUGGCGCUAGCACUCAACCGCUACCUCUGUAACAAUGUGCUUCCAUUGUUGACGACCCACGCCCAUCACUUCAGCGACGCAGACCACUUCUCGGACCUGCUCGACUCCACACUCCAAAUAGCGUACAGGUUGUCUAAUUGCAAGUCACUUACCAAGGGACAGAGAGAGUGCUCGUCUGACUUCAUGGUGGCCCUGACAAGUCAGUUGCGGCCACCGAUGAUGACCAAGUUGCUGAAGAGGCUGACAGUGGACGUCCCAUCUCUUACGGAGAAUACAGUUGUCUCCCUAAGGGUGCUAAACAACCAUUAUGAGAGAUGCGGUCGAUACUAUGGCAGCGGAGGCUGGGGCUCACUCGGUUCAGCUACAGAAGAGGAGAAGAGACUGACCAUGGUUCUCUUCAGUGGAAUCUUUGAUUCUUUGGCAAAGAGGGCUUACGACCCAGAGCUGUUUUCCAAAGCUUUGCCUUGCUUGUCAGCCAUUGGUUGUGCCUUGUCACCUGACUAUGCCCUGACGCACCAAGAUGACAAUCUGUCUAAACCAAGUUCUUACGACACUGAUGGACCAUACGUGCCAAGACCGGUGGAUACAAACAGGAUGACCCUGAAUCAGCAGUUAGAAGGCAUUGUCUCACAGUUUGUCGAACAUUACCACGACUCUUGGGCGACUGUAAAGCUUGAUGAGGGCUGGGAGUUUGCUCAGUCGUAUGAUGAUGAAAAGAUGACCCAUCCAUUCCUCAAACCUGUACACAUGCUGUCACUCAAGGAUCAAGACAACCUGAUGAGUCCGGUUCGUGAGUCGUUGAAGACCAUGCUUGUCUGGGGAUGUAGCCUUGACUUGGAAGAAUCAAAGUCUGGAGGACCACAGAAGAAGAGAAGAGGAGACAGACCAAAAUCAGAGUCGCCCCACGGCUACAACCCCCAGCCUGUAGAUUUGAGGAACGUGACACUGUCUCGGGAGAACCUACAACUUGCUGAGAAGUUGACGGAGAACGUGCAUGCUGUCUGGGCUCAGCGGAAGAUUGGGGAACUCAGUGCUAUUGGAGAAGGUGUUCAUCCUCGAUUGGUUGCCUAUGACCUUCUGACCGAUAUGGAGAAGCAGAAGGAUAGAAACCGCUCUCAGGAGUUGCUCAAGUUCAUGCAGAUGCAGGGCUACAGGAUCCAGAGCCACGGUUUUGACCGUGAUCAAAAGCAGAACAGAACCCAGGGUUUAAACGCAGAGGGUGAAAACAGCGGUGGGGCGCCUGCCAUGGAGAAACGCUUCGCCUACAGUCUGCUCCAGAAACUGCUGGAAUAUGUCGACAAGGCUGCGUUGAAUCUGAACCAAUCAAAACCAAGUACUAAGUUCAGUCGUAGGAACAGCUACUCAACUGCUACUGAGGAUGUCAAAUUUUUCGGAAAGGUUGUAUUGCCGCUGGUUGAGAAAUACUUCCGUGCACACCGAUCGUAUUUUGUGUCCCCAACGCAGAUGACCUCCUCACAUGGCACGGCGUCGGCUAAAGAGAAGGAGAUGACCUGCAGCUUGUUCUGUAAGCUUGCCGCCUUGCUUAGAGUGAAGAUCACAGCGUUUGGUCACGAUGUGGACAUAUCGGUCCGAUGUCUCCAGGUGCUAGUACAGGCCAUAGAUGCAAGGAGCGUUGUCAAAAACAGCCCAGAGAUUGUACGAUCGUCUCUCCUGCCAUUCUUCAACCACGCUGCACACGACCUUAACCAAACCGUCCAGAAUCUCAAGGUCAAUCGCUUCAGCCACGUCAAGGGUACAAUAAGUCGAGGUGCUACCAGUAUCAACUAUGUCCAUAUGGUGCUACUCCCAGUGCUGUCGUCAAUGUUUGAACAUUUGGGGAGGAACGGUUACGGAUCUGAUCUCUUGUUGGAUGACUUACAGUUGUGCUGCUACCGAAUCCUGAAUGCUCUCUAUACACUUGGAACCAGCGGGUCACAGUUCGUAGAGAGGGAUGCUAUUUAUGGUGAACUCACCAGGCAUCGUCCGAUCCUUGGAGAGUGUGUGGCGUCAUUCGCCAGUACCUUCCCAGUCGCCUUCCUCGAGCCAGACCUCAACAAGUACAACAAGAACUCGGUCGUCUACGGAAUAGAAGGAAAGAUCGAGGAGCAUUCAUUAGAAGCAAGGGAAGUGAUGGAGAGCUUAGCUGAGAAUUUGCCGCUACUCGACAAGAUAGUACAAGAGAUUGAGGAACUUGCCGAGUCCGGAGGAAAGUACGCCGAAGCGCCACACGUGAUUGAAGUCACGUUACCUAUGCUUUGUAGCUAUCUGCCUUUCUGGUGGUGCCGAGGCCCGGAUAGUGUGUCAGUGGAGGGAAAAUUUGCGGGCCAUGAAGAGGUCCAGGAUACUCGGCAGUCCAUCUUCAUCCCAGAGGCCAGCAAUGUUACGACUGUGACGGCAGAGCUGAUGAACAAGGUCCUCGGAAAUGUGAUGAAGUUGAUCAAGAAUAACAUUGGCUCACCAGACGCUCCUUGGAUGACAAGGAUUGCCACUCGCACUCAACCGAUCAUCGUAAACGCGACAGCAGACAUGCUGCGUGAACACAUCCUACCUGUGGCGCAGAAGCUCAAAGAGCAGGCAGAGCAGGUGGAGAAAGAUGAAGAAGAGUUCCAUAUCCUGAAGAGGAGUGGUCAGGAUGUUGGGGAAGAGGAGGGGAUCGUUCAGGAGCAUUUUCAAAUCCUUGUGCGAGACAUCUAUGCCUUCUACCCGCUCCUGAUCAAGUAUGUGGACCUGCAUCGUUCCCACUGGCUCAAACACCCGACACCAGAUGCGGAGGAACUCUAUCAGUGUGUCGCUGACAUCUUCUAUCUGUGGUCGAAGUCACCAUACUUCAAGAGGGAAGAGACGAACUUUAUGACGCAGCACGAGAUCAACAACAUGGCACUGAUCAUGCCCAGCAAUGCCACGAGCGGUGCCCGACAAGACGAGAACAACCCUGGCAAGCCGGCCAAGAGGAAACGAGAGAAGAAGGAUGUUGGGCACUAUACGAGUCUGAACACCGCAGCUCUGAAACGUCUUCUCCCGCUAGGGUUGAAUAAGUUCGGUGGGCAGGAACAGGAGUUGGUGCAGCAGGCCAAGCAAAAGCUCAUAGAGAAGGAACCUGAAGCAGAAAUUGAAGACUAUGUCAAGAUGCUACUGCAAUCAGAAGAUAAGCUGGACGCCGACUCUGAUGCUAAGAUGAAAUGGCAGAAGCUACUGUAUAAGAAGAUUGGCGAGACAAAACAGAAAGCUGUGGUUGAGGUUGACCAAAAUAGCAUUAUGAAACGGGUCAUCAAUAUGGCUAAAGUACUCCAUGGACUGUAUCUGGUUGACCAUCCACCACCAUCCUUAAAGAAUGCUUGGAGGAGGCUGAUUUCAUCGCAGAAGAAGCGCGCUGUCAUGGCCUGCUUCAGGAUGAUACCGUUACAUAACUUGCCCCGUCAUCGCGUCGUCAACUUGUUCCUCAAGCAAUACCAGAGUAUGUGGUUGGAAGAAGAGGAGCAGCAAGUCAGUGACAUGAUUGAAGACUUGACAAAAUCGGACGAAGAACAACGAGAGAAGAAGGAGGAUGAGGAGGAAUCUCCCGAUCCGUUGAAACAACUCAUCACGACAUUCCAGCGUACGGCGACCACAGAGCAGAACAUGCAUCAUGAGGACUUCUUGUAUAUGGCGUACGCGGAGAUCAUGAGUAAGAGCUGUCACACGCAGGAUGGCGAUGACGAUGAUGAAGGGGAAGAGGGGGAUACUGGUGCUUCUUUCCAGCUGAAACUGGACAAAAUGAAGGAACAAGAAAUGGAAAAGAUGAAGACUCUGUUUGAGCAAGGUCGACUGUCUGACCGUGGGGCUGCGGAGAUGGUGCUACUCCACAUAUCAGCAUGCAAAGGCGAAUACAAUGAGAUGGUUGCGCGUACGAUUGAGCUCGGCAUCUCAUUACUCCUUGGUGGUAAUGUUGAUGUACAAAAGAGGAUGUUGAAGCAUCUGAAGGAAAAGAAAGACAUCGGAUUCUUCACAUCAGUCGCUGGACUCAUGCAGCAGUGCAGUGUCCUGGACCUUGAUGCAUUCGAGAGGACAAACAAAGCAGAAGGCCUCGGCAUGGCCGAGGGCAAUGCUGGCGUGAAGAAUCUCCACGACGCAGAGUUCACAUGCAAGCUCUUCCGAUUCCUCCAACUUCUGUGCGAAGGUCACAACUUGGACUUCCAGAACUACUUGAGAACUCAAGCAGGCAACAACACGACUAUCAACAUCAUUAUCUCGACUGUGGACUAUCUUCUGAGAAUACAGGAGUCGAUCAUGGACUUCUACUGGCACUACUCUGGCAAGGACACCAUAGAUGCUGCAGGCAAGGAAAGCUUCUGCCGAGCCAUCAAGGUCUCUGCACAAGUGUUUGCUACACUCACGGAGGACAUCCAGGGUCCAUGCCUGGGUAACCAACUUGCCCUCGCUCACAGCAGAUUGUGGGAUGCUGUCGGUGGAUUCUUGUACAUAUUUGCUCACAUGCAGGAGAAAUUAUCAAAGUCUGGGGACAAAUCGGGAAGUCCUAAUAGCGCGGUAAAAUUGAAGAAGGACCCAGAUCAGUUGGAGCUGCUGAGGGAGUUCAUGACCCUGCAGAAGGAGAUGAUGAUUAUGCUCCUCUCCAUGUUAGAAGGCAAUGUUGUAAAUGGUCCAAUUGGGAAACAGAUGGUGGACACACUGGUUGAGUCCUCAACCAACAUGGAUAUGAUCCUGAAAUUCUUUGAUAUCUUUUUGAAGAUGAAGGAUUUGACUACAUCAGAGGCAUUCCUGGAAUAUGACAAUAAUGGCGAUGGUUGGCUAUCGCGUAAAGAAUUCAGGCAGGCCUUGGAGGCCCAGAAAGUGUAUAAUGCGGAGGAGAUAGACUACAUCAUGAUGUGUGUGGACACCAACCAAGAUGGGAAAGUCGACUUCCUUGAGUUCACCGAUCGAUUCCACAACCCAGCAAAGGACAUCGGCUUCAACGUUGCUGUCCUGUUGACCAACUUAUCAGAACACAUGCCAAAUGACCCAAGACUAGAGCGCCUUGUUGCCAAAGCCAAGUCUGUUCUGGACUACUUCGUGCCAUUCCUUGGCAGGAUUGAGAUCCAGGGCAGUGCUGGAAGGAUCGAGAGAGUCUACUUUGAGGUGAAACAGUCCCACAUUGACCAGUGGUUAAAACCACAAAUCAGAGAAUCAAAGCGGACGUUCAUUCACAAUGCUAUCAAUGAAGGAGGUGACAAAGAGAAGCUGGAAUUCUUCGUAGACUUCUGUGAAGACACGAUCUUUGAGAUGCAACAUGCAACCAGUAUCACCGCCGAGGAGCCUCCACAAAGAGCAGCAUCAUCUGAUGGGGAGGGUGGAGCCAUGGGUAAGCUUGAUAUGAUCAAGGCAGGUGCCAACAGCCUGAAGGAUGGCUUCUUCUUCCUCUUGUCAUUCCUGACCUGGACGAAUAUCAAGGGGACGUACACAACCAUACGAGGCAUGUCGUUCGGAGAGAUGAUCGUUGGCCUGCUUACUCUGCAAGUCAAGUUUGGAGCGUGGUCUGUGUCGUUUGUUUACAAUGUGGUCACGACGUUCAUCCGGUUUAUUGCUGCCAUGAUGAUGGGUGACAAACAGGACCGUCCAAUGUAUGAUGCCCGGCGCAUGUCACUACCACCACCGUCGCUGAUGCUCAGACAGCAACUAGCGCUAACGGCUGCCAGUCAGUCGGAAUUCACUGAGGAAACAACGCCACCCAGUGGAGCACCAAUCAGGGUAUUCGGUGGUGUGGAUUUGGUCAGAGACAGCGAAGGAACUGGAUACAAGAUGCAGGCUCCUCUGACCCCUCAGUCCAGCUCUGACUACAGUGACGGUGAUAUUGGUGGUGACAUGGCAGUCACAACGAUAGAUGGUGGUGAGACAAUCAUGGCAGACGCAGCAUCCACCUCGCAAGCAAUACCGUUAACGAAUGCUGAUCAUGGUGAGAAGAAAGAGGGUAUGAAUGGUUCCCUUCCAUCCACUCCAAUCACCCCAGUCAGAAAAAGGAGUCUGGAGGCCCCUACAGGAGGUACUCCUACCCUGGCUGGACCUUCCAUUGCUGAGGAAGCACUACCUGAAGCGGAGGGCAAGGAUGCUGGAGACAAUGACUAUGGAAAGUUACUUCUGAGUUUCUUCGCGAGGAACUUCUACAACUUCAAGCUCAUUGCCCUGGUGUUUGCAUUCUUCAUCAACUUCAUGCUCCUCUUCUUCAAGGUGAGUGUUCUCUCCACAGAAGGUGAGGGCGGUGAAGCCGAAGGUAGCGGAGCAGCCGGCAGUGGUGGAGGAGCCGACGUGAAUGAUACGGUUGUCGAAGGAAACGGUGAAGAAGCUGCUGAACCAGGCGAGAUGGUCACGAUGAACGAAUCUGUGUACUACUUUGAUCAGUUGUUGAUGCUGCUAGCGUUCUUGCACAGCCUGGUUUCAUUGUCGUUGCUGGUGGCCUAUUACUGUCUCAAGGUGCCACUCGUUGUGUUCAAACGUGAGAAGGAGAUCUGCCGUCUGCUUGAGUUUGAGGGGAUGUGGGUGAGCGAGCAGCCAAGUGAGGACAAUCUGAAAGGACACUGGGACAAGUUGGCACUGAGUACGAAAUCCUUCCCCAACAGCUACUGGGACAAGUUUGUCAAGAAAAAGGUUCGCAACAAGUACAGUGAGCAGUAUGACUACGAUGAGAUCAGUAAUCUGCUGGGUAUGGAGAAGAAGGAGAAGAUCAACUUCUCGACCGAUCAGAAGACGGAGGAGGUGUCAGGAGUGUUACCAAAAUUCAUGACAGAGAUUGAUUGGCAGUACUCCAUCUGGAAGUGGGGCGUUAUCAUCACAGAUAAUUCGUUCCAGUACAACCUGUGGUACUUCCUCUUCUCCGUGAUCGGCAACUUCAACUACUUCUUCUUUGCCGCACAUCUUCUUGAUGUGGCCAUCAGUUUCAAGACUCUCAGAACCAUCCUCCAGUCCGUCACUCACAACGGAAAACAGCUCGUGUUGACUGUGAUGUUGACCAGCGUUGUGGUGUACAUCUACACCGUCAUUGCCUUCAACUUCUUCAGGAAGUUCUACGUGAAAGAGGAGGAUGGAAACCUCGACAUGAAAUGUCACGACAUGGCAGGGUGUUUUGUCUACCAUCUCUACGCGGGUGUGAGAGCUGGUGGAGGCAUUGGUGACGAGAUUGAAUCAGCAGACGGCGAUCCUUAUGAAUCUUGGCGUAUCCUGUUUGACAUCACGUUCUUCUUCUUUGUGAUUGUUAUCCUGCUGGCCAUCAUUCAGGGUUUGAUCAUUGAUGCGUUUGGAGAAUUGAGAGAUCAGCUGGAGCAAGUCAAAGAAGACAUGGAGUCUAAAUGUUUCAUAUGUGGCAUUGGCAAGGACUACUUUGAUAAAGUUCCGCAUGGCUUUGAGAGACACGUGAUGGAUGAGCACAACUUUGCUAAUUACAUGUUCUUCCUUAUGCACUUGAUCAACAAGCCAGAUACAGAAUACACUGGGCAGGAAACCUUCGUGUGGGAGAUGUACCAGGAGAGAUGCUGGGACUUCUUCCCGGUCGGUGACUGCUUCAGGAAGCAAUACGAGGACGUGCUCCAACCACAAAGUAGCUGAGGACCGCCAGCGGCAUCUUUUAACGGCUGACGUUACUAACUGGCUGAAGUAAGGCCUUAGGUUGAAAUAUUGUGACAAUUUGCGUAACAAUGCCCUAAGGUCAUAUUUGUCAUGACAGUUGAUGAAAACAUAAUCUUCAACGAGUGCAACAAGACAAAAUUUGAAAAGUAAUUGUACAGAGCUUGUGCCGGUUUGGAAUUUUUGCAUUUUGGGCCAACCAAAGCAACAACCAAGACAAAGUACAUGGUUGUAGUCCAAGUCGGAGUAAAUUCUGAUCCAAAGGACUUUUUAUGAAUUUAUUUAUUUAUUUGUAAGUAAUUAUUCAAUUUAUUCAUCAGUGAUGAUUUUCAUACUUGUAAUGAUUUUAAUGUUAAUGAGAUUAUAUUCAUUCAAUGAGGGAGUUAACCUCCCAGAGAGUAUUGUAAAUUUGAUUUCUAUCACAUCUUGCAAUCAUAUUCACCAAAGCUUUUACUUGCUUUUAUCACAAUACUUUCAAGUUAUUUCACUAAAUUCUUUUGGAUCCAAAGCCUAACUUUGUUUCCAUAAGUUGUGUUUCCUCUUGAGAAUGACAAUGGGUCAUCCAAGUUUUGCGUUAAGUUUUCUUGUUGUAUUUUGUUGGUUUGUCACCUGUUCAACAUGAACUGUCAAAUCCUUGCAGAUUACCAUUUGCUAGAAUAUUUUGAUGAAACUUAAAGGGGAAAUAUGGGCAUGAAAUUUCACUGUAUGUUUGCCGAUGAUGCUAAUGGUUUGCUAAUGGCUGCCUCAGAAAUUGCCCAGUUGAAAGGAUCAAGAGGAGCCAAAGUAACAAGUUAAAAGAUACAUUAAAGGGCCCCUGCCUUACUUUGGGACCGGUAUUCCUUUGAACAAGUGUCAUCAGCACCCUCCAGCCUUACCCAUAUUGUCCCUUUAAUGACUUUUCGUUGAUUUAUUCUUGAAAGGUCAAUCCGUGAUUACUUCUGACUGUUCAAACAGGUGACAUAUUAUUCGGAAGGAUGACCAGAAAUGACUACAUGUACUGUCGGAGGGUUUGUCAUGAUGUACCCCUCCUAAAAGAGGAGACCUGUUUUCUUGAAGGUUUAUGUGGUAAAAGUGCUUUUCUGUCUCACUUUCUGUCUUCCGGCAAAAAAAGUCACUCGAGUGAGAAAUGAGCAAAAUUGCUAAUUUUCCAUUGAAGUCUUGACUAUUUGCCAUUCAAACUUAAACACUUUUCAAAUGAAUAUAAUGCUUCACUUUUCAUUACAUUUUUUCAUCAUGGGCUACAUGUAUUUGUUUUGUAAAUGUGUGUAUGUACAUCCGUAGAUGAGUUGUGUAAGUUAUGUGGUUUACCUUUCGAAGAUUGUAAAUUUGACCCUCAGUAUAAUGUAUCAAAGUGUUAGCUUGAUUUGUGUACAAAAUAACUGCUGACCAUCUGAUCUGUGUUAAUUGUAAUUGCUGGCGAAACAAGAUGAGAUUGAAACUGAAAUGUUAAGUUUCGUAAUUUGAAUGGGCUUAAAUUGGUCAGUUUUUUGCAAACUAUCUUUGUAAGGUGUAUUGUACAGGUUGUGAAUAGGAUUGUUUAAUAGUCCCUGUGCAGAUAGACACCUCGGCAAUCACGUGAAACUUUUGUUAAUCUUGAUUUAAUAUAAGUACAUAAAAAGAAACAAAAAUAUUUCUUGUGUGAGACCUCUUGAACUGAUAAUGUCUUCCAUUGGCAAGAUAGUCAUGUAGGAUAGUGAAGGACUGAUUGCAGCGGCGGGUUUUCUCUUGCUUAAGCAGCUGUAGGACAUAGUAAACAUACAUACAUGUACAUAGAUAUUGGUAAGAUUUUGAAAAGAAAAAAAAAGUUUGUCUAUGGAACACAAUACCUGAUGCAUGGAGACCUACGUAUCUAUCAAAUUUCAAAAUGUGACAAUUUCAUUCUGAGUUCAAAGUUUUCGAACAACUACUAUUGUAGUCCGAUGUUUUAAACGUGUCACCUAGUCCCCAGUUUGUUAUAUGCUUACCUAUCGGUGUGUCAUUUUAUGCAGUUAAAGCUCUUGGGUCUGUGGUUGAAAUGCAUUAUGAUAUUGGACACACUGUGUCAAAUUGUGAUGGGAUCUUGCCCAAAUUGUCAUGAGUGCCGGUUGAAGAGCCAGAUACCCUUUGGACUGUUUUAUACCCUGUUAUGUAUAGAAUAUGGUAAUGUGAAUUACUUCAUCAUUUUAAUAAAAGACUUCAUCAAAA